AUGAUACUCACAAGGAUUGUCGGCUCUAGAUUAACUACUUUGGUAGGUAUGUCAAGGAGUCUUCCACUCCUACGGGUUUCCGUACCGGUAUCUCCAAGGCGACAAUACAAUGAAACAUCAAGAGAUACCCAGAGAAGGAUAGUACCAAAAUUACCAACUUUCUAUUCUGCAAAUCCACAACACGAAGACAGGAUCAAUCGUUUGGAGGCACUUUUGCGUAAAUAUGUUAAAUUACCUACACAAACAAAUGUGUCUCAAGAGAAGAGGACAACCUGGCUUUCGUUCGAAGAUUAUGCAUUAGUUGGAGGUGGGACUAGGUUAAAGAUUAUUCAAUAUCAACAACUCUUGGGCUUAUUGAAUCAACUGGAUAGUAUUGAUCCACAAUUAAUCAACGAUGAGAUUAAAAGGGAAGUGUCAAUGUAUCAAAAAAAAACUGCAAUCCAGUCAAAUGCGAAGACCUUCAAAACAUUGGAUGAGUUUGGAAGAAGUGUUGCCGUUGGUCAUAGGAAGUCAGCAGCGGCCAAAGUCUAUGUUGUACGGGGAACGGGGGAGAUUCUUGUAAACGGUCGUCAAUUGAAUGAUUAUUUUUUGAAAUUAAAGGAUAGAGAUUCAAUAAUGUACCCAUUGCGAGUAUUGAAUGCAGUUGGUGAUUAUAAUAUUUUUGCGACUACGUCUGGUGGUGGAUCUACUGGACAGGCAGAAGCCAUUAUGCAUGCAAUUGGGAAAGCCUUAGUUACGUUCAAUCCAUUAUUGAAAUCUAGACUACAUAACUCCGGCGUCUUAACAAGAAACUACAAACAUGUCGAAAGAAAGAAGCCAGGUAAGAAAAAGGCAAGAAAGAUGCCAACGUGGGUAAAGAGAUAG